AUGGCAGGAUUCAAGAUUUGCAAGGAGGUAAUUCGCUGGCCUUGGUCCAAGGAUGUGGAGUGGAGUCCCGAAGUUGCUCAGCAACGUUUCCAACAAGUCCUUGACCACAUUAGUCAACAUACCACCAAGAAAUCAUAUCUUAAACCAUAUGAAGAAAUAUUCAAAGGACUGACUGAAAAGGCUGACGUUAUUUUGCCGGACCGUAUUAUGAUGCUGCUCGGUCAUGCACCACCUGGGCAGAUCUCUGUCUAUUUGUCCGUCUGGCUCAGUGCUUACAUUGGCAAAUUUUUACUGGUGAAACAUUACGGCGAUCGUCCUGCCGGAUGGAAGGAUAAAAUCAGAUGGGAUCGCCAUCGUGACAUGCUACAGUCUUUCAUCAAGGAGGCGCUUAAAGGACCCGCACCAAUGGAGUUCCGAUAG